AUGCCCCAACAACCCGACACUGCGCAAGGCCCAUCGGCCGUGCAAGGACUCCAACCUCUGUCUCACCGAUCCAGGGCGUUGCUCUCUGGCCCGAAUGCAAGUCAGAAGCCCCAAUCCCAACUUCAGCAGCGCGAUCCGCGUGAAUUCGAGCUGGGUCAAGUGAUUAAGAGGUUUCGUCCAGCUCGGAGAGAGACCAAUGAGGGCACAAUCUUGUCCUUUGCACUGGCUCCGUCGGACCCUGACUUUCCAUUCGAGCUGCAAGGUGGUCUCCGUUGCCAACUGACAGUGCCUCCCACCUAUCCUCAAAAUGGCAAACCGGCAAUCAGAGUCACAAAUGCCGAAAUGGCUCGGGGAUUUCAGAUUAACGUCGAAAAGGGGUUCGACAGCCUUGUCGAAGCCUCGCCGAACAAGACGCUACUAGCAUGGUUGAACGAGCUGGACAAGAACCUGGAGAGGUUCCUGACAUCCGAAAAGGCGCAGACCAUCAAGAUCAUUGCCAAUGCCGACAAAAAUCCCAGACUCCCUGAUCCUGUGCCAGCCGUGGUUCGCCCUGCCUCACCACCGCCUGUACGCGUGGCACCACGUCCACCAGUCUGGACAGCUGAGCAGAGGUCCAGCGCCUUGUCAAAGAGAGAAGCUGAUGUUCGUCAGCUAGAAGCACGCAUGGGACGGCUUCCACACUACUCUAAAAGUUCUGAUGGUACAAAAUUCAACAUUCCUAUCCAAAUAGCCCGAUCCGAGCGGCUCCCACCCAGCCUACAAUCGCUCAAGGAGGUCACUCUGAUUGUCCCGAAGCUUUAUAACCUCGAGCCUUGCACUGUCCUUCUAAACGGAGUCAGUGGCCCAGAGGCUGAGACGGUCCAGCUGGCCUUUGAAAGACAUGUCCGGAAGAAACUCGACAUGACCCUUAUGGCUCAUAUGAAUUACCUGACACAGAAUAUUCAUUCCAUGGCUUUGGAAUCGGUAGAGAGCGCGGCUCCAGUGCCUUCAUCAGAUGUUCCACUUCCACCAGAGCCUCCUGUCGACGAUGAACAAGGGGUUUCUUCGAAAAGGGAAGCCUCUGUAGAACCCAGAGAGCUGAUCAUGGACGAGGACAGGCCACAUGUGAAAUUAAUCCCUCGACCCCCUGAAUGGGAUCGACAAGACUCCGAUUCCGAUUCUGAAUCAUUCUACAACUCUGAUGAAUAUUCAGCUUCUGAGGAUGAGGAUGAAGACGGGGAGUCAGAAAAUGAACAAGGCGGCGCCAUGCUGCCAGUCUCCUCGAGCUCGACAGAAAAGGGAAUUCACAUUUCGUUCCCAAAUUUGGAGCUCCACAACAUUGAACUGUUGAGCUUAUCCUCCCUGUCACUUUCGGUCAAAUGCCUGCGCUGUAAAGCACCCCUCGACAUACCGAAUAUCAAACCCAACAUUGACAUAGCCGGUUCUUCCAUGUCGAGUAUACGCACGGAAAUCUGCUCGAAGUGCACUACACCAUUCACAGUCUCCUAUACACCUAAUGCCCUGCACGCCAACAGCGUCCGUGCUGGCACAAUCGAGGUCACAGGGUGUACCAUCACCGACCUCCUCCCGUCGGUCUUCCAACCCACCUGCGCGUCGUGCUCCACGACAUUCCCCGUCCCUCCGGGUAUGGUGUCGGUACGUGGCGACACUCCGAUCCAAGUAUGCCGCGCAUGUCAUGCCAAAAUGACCUUUACGAUCCACGAGGUCAAGUUCCUGCGCGCGUCCUCGGCAUUCGCCUCGGGCGCGCUGCCACCCCGGCGGCCGAAGAAAGAAAACCUGGGCAUCUCGGCCGGCACACCUCUACCAAGCAACGGCACCUGCGCACACUACCGCCACAGCUACCGAUGGUUCCGCUUCAGCUGCUGCCAGCGCGUGUACCCGUGCGACCGAUGCCACGAUGCGGCCGAGGCGCACGUCAACGAGCACGCCGACCGCAUGGUCUGCGGCUGGUGUUCGCGCGAGCAGCGGUUCCGGAGCGAGGACUGCGGCGUGUGCGGGAGGAGUGUCAUCCGGCGACGCAAGGCCGCCGGCGGCUUCUGGGAAGGCGGCAAGGGGACCAGGGAGAAGGGGCUGAUGAGCCGCAAGGAGAAGAGGAAAUAUAAACGGCCCAGAGGCAGCGCCGUGGGAUCCGCCUCGACUGCGACCAAGAAGGACGGUACAAAGUAG